AUGAUCUGGAAUACUGUCACACUUGCUGUCUCUACCGCAGGACGUCGGUCAAUCGCCGCCACUCCAGCGGCAUCGCGGAAGUUUGCUACAGCAUCACCGUCGCCUGUUAGUUCUGCUGGCCGAGACCACAAGGUGGUCAUCGUCGGCGGUGGCUCUGCAGGUCUCGUCAUCAGCCACCAGCUUCUCCGGUCCGGCAAGUUUGUCCAAGAUGAUAUUGCCGUUGUCGAUCCUGCGACAUUGCAUCACUAUCAACCAGGGUGGACCCUGGUCGGCGGCGGCCUCAAAACGAAGGAAGAGCUUCAACGGCCGUUGAACACUCUGCUCGACUCGAAGCUCAAGUUCUACAACGAAGCCGUCAACACGUUUUCCCCAGAUAACAACCAAGUCACCCUCGGCAAUGGAGAGAAACUUGGUUACCAACAUUUAAUUGUGGCACCGGGCAUCACGAUCGACUACGGAAGCAUCGAUGGCCUACCCGAAGCGCUUGCCGAUCCGAAUUCCCUCGUUUCGUCCAUCUACGGCUAUGAAACCUGCGAUAAGGUUUUCCGCACAGUCGAAAAACUGAAAGAAGGCACAGCAAUCUUCACCCAACCGACGGGGCUUAUCAAAUGCGCAGGGGCGCCACAAAAGGUCAUGUGGCUCGCAUUAGAUUAUUGGAAGAAGGCUGGCCUGUAUAGUGCAAACGGCAAGUCACCGAUCAACAUCGGCUUUGCAACUGGGCUUCCUGGCAUGUUUGGCGUGCCCAAAUAUAGCGCUAAGCUAGAGGAGCUGCGGAAGGAAAGAGGCGUGGAGGGCUAUUUCCAACACGACCUCGUUUCCGUCAGUGGAAACACGGCGACGUUUGCUCUUCCAGGUGGCAAGGAGAAGGUCAAGAAGGAGUUUGAUCUCUUGCACGUUGUUCCCAAGAUGGGACCACAUGCCUUUGUCAAAACCAGUGCUCUAGCCAAUGAAACCGGCCUUGUUGAUGUAGACGCGGCCACCCUUCGUCAUAACAAAUACGCCAAUGUCUGGUCUGCUGGUGACGCCUCCAGCCUCCCCACUGCUAAAACGGCGGCAGCGAUCACAUCACAAGCACCUAUCUUGGUUCGCAACUUACUGCAAUCGACCGAAGGCAAAAGUCUCGACGCCACGUAUGACGGUUAUACCUCUUGCCCCUUGUUGACCGAGUAUGGAAAGGUUCUCCUUGCUGAAUUCAAAUAUGGCGGAGAGCCCAAGGAGACGUUCAGCUGGCUAGGUAUCGACCAAGCCACUCCUUACCGGGCAUUCUACCAUCUGAAAAAGGACUUUUUCCCUUGGGUGUACUACAACUCCAUGGUAAAGGGUACCUGGGGCGGUCCCAAAGGCUGGAUUCAGUAA